UUCCUGUGUGAAAGGUCGUGAAGAUGGCGGCCUCGUGCGCAGGGCUGAGGGUUGUGUAGGUCUGCGUGCGGUCUGUCCUCUGCUUUGCUCCAGCAGCUGUUCUGUAGAUCUGACUGUAGAUCUGACUGAGCGAUGUUUCAGGCUGUAGUCCGGAGCCGGACUCCGGUUGUCCGCUUCCUGUCUCCCCGGGCGGGGGUUCUGCUGGAGACGGUCCGGGGCAGAAAGUCCAGAACCGACCCCAAAGCCAAGUCUAAAGCCGGGCGGAUCAAAACCCCCUCUCCGGUGGACCCGGUGGAGAUGGUGGUCCUGAAGGAGCGCUUCACUGAAUAUAACCUCAUAAUGAGAGCGCUCAGAAUGGAGUUUAAAGAGGAGAUGCUGCGGAAACGAUAUGAAGAAGAGACCGGUUCUUUGGCAGAGGAGAGAGCCAAGCAGGAAUCUGAAGAACACAGAUCAUUAAUGGCCUGGAAUGAUGCUGAGAACCUCAGACUGAGGAAAAUCCGUGAAUUACGUGUGCAGAAGGAAGCUGAAGCUGCUGAACAGAGAAGGAGAGAGGAAGCAUUGUUGCGUCAGCAAGAGUUCGAGAGAUAUAUCCAAGAAAAAGAGAUGGAGAUCCUGCAGCUACAGGAGGAGGCAAAGAACUUCAUUACACUGGAAAAUCUGGAUGAGCGGAUUGAAGAGGCGCUGGACAAUCCGAAAAACUACAACUUUGCCGUUAAUAAAGCGGGCAAAACAGAAAAAAGGACAAUGCUUCAAUAAGGGAUGCAGACCAAUACAUUGGGAAGAGACUGAAAAUUACGCAUGUCUUGUUACUGCAGCAAAAACAACUUUAGGCAUUCUGUAUACAGUAACAAUUGUUUGUUUUCAGAGAGAAAAGGUAACUUGUGGGUAAUCUGUACAUUGUACGUGCUCUAAAUGUUUUUUGUGCUACGAGUUACACAGUUGUAACAAUUAUGAUUAAAUAUGUUUAUUAUUUGUCAAUUUCCAAA